AUGGAAAAUUUACCCUUCAGAUUAGAUAGAGAUAAAAGAAGAUGAUCGAAUUUGUCAAUUAUGCAAAGUGUAGUCAAAAGAAAAACAACACUUUUUCUACUUCCUCAAAGAUUUGAAUCCUUUCACCCGAACAAAAAAGCCUUUUUCCCAAGCAAAGAUGUUAUUAGAGCUGAACGAAGAUAUGAUAAAUUUAUAUUUAAUCCAACCAGUUUCAUGAGAGUCAUAUGAGAUGCUUUAAUAUCUGUCCAAGCCGUUUAUUUGGCUGUUAUAAUACCAUUUUGUUUGAGUUUUAUGCGACAAGUUGAUAGAUCUACUAUUGCUCCUUUAGAAAUUUGCUUUAUAAUUGAUUUAUUUUUGAAUUUUAAUACAGCCUGUUAUAUUCAUGGAAUUUUGGUUGCUGACAGAAAGGCAAUUAUUUGGCAUUACUUAUCAUCAUAUUUUCUAUGAGAUUUUAUAUCAGUUAUCCCAUAUGAACUUUUUCUAUAUGAUAUGAAUUCUGAUUCCGAUAAAGGCUAUAAUUUAGACUACUGAAACUGGCCCCGGCUAUUCUGAUUGCUGCGUCUCACUCGAAUGAUAAGAUUAAGAAAGCUAAUUUACAAUAUUGAUGAUAUCUACCCUGCUCCAUAUGUAUAUUUUGCUACAAGAAGCAUAGUUUUUUUAUUAAUUGCAUUAUUAGCAGCCCAUUGAACCACCUGCAUCAUGCAUAGUGCAUGAUAUUUUUCAUUGAGCAAUAAUGGUGAUUUGUGGCAAUCUUAUAUGGAAAGUAAAUUCGAGCAAUAUAUAAGGAAGCUUGAACAGGUGGCUGUGACAAUGACAACUGUAGGAUAUGGAAAUCUAAUCCCUCAAUCUACUGCUGAAAAGAUGCUGACCAUUAUAAUUGAGUGUCUGACUUCUGGAUUGUUUGGGUAUCUAGUUGGAGGGAUUAAUAGUGCCCUUGAAAAAUCAACAAAAGAAUCAAUAUAUUUCAAUACUUUAAAGCAAAAAAUUAAAGUUUUCAUGCAUAAUCAUAGAAUAUCUUAUAGCUUGAGGCUAAAAAUUAUGGCUUAUUUAGCGCAUUUAUACUCAUAUCAGAAACAAAACAUAUUAGAUGAGCAAGAAAUUUUAUCCGCGCUAUCUCAACCAUUGCAGCGAGAUAUUUAUAUCCACACAAGGGGGCAUGUUUUAGUAAGAAGCGCUCCAUUCCGUGACUUUUCUUAUAAAUUUUUGAAAUAUUUAGGCCAGAAGCUUGAAGUUGAGAUAUUUUCUCCUUGCGAUUUAAUUUUCAAACAAGACCAGAAAAAUCAUAAUUUGUACCUAGUAAGGCAUGGAAGAGUUGAAAUUUUUCAUCAUUCAACUGGGACUAUUUAUACUGAAAUUCAUGAAGACAAAUACUUCGGCGAGAUUGCAUUUUUCUUAGGUAGGAAAAGAUGUGCAUCAGCACGAUGUGCUAAUUUUUGUGAAGUGUUUUGUUUGAAUAGACAAAUAUUUAAAUCAGUAUUAAUGAAGCUACCAAAGGAAGCUGAGCUAACAAAGAUCAUUGUGAAUAACUGCCAAGGAAAAGAUUUAAGCUACUUGGGGGUAAGGUGCUAUUUUUGUCAAGAAAUGGGGCAUGUGGCAGCGGAUUGUUCAGCAUUUGUGUAUAAAAUUAAUCAUGAAGAAAUCAUAAAACGGGCAAACCAUGCGAAAAAUGCCGUAGGUAAGAAAAUAGCACACGAAGAUAUAGACGUUGAAGUGAAAAAGCAUGAUAUUAAUAUAAUGAGCCGGUACGGAUUGAAUAGUAUUUAUGGCAAGAAAAUUGACCCUCUCUCACAAUAUAAAGACCGUGACACAUUAGCAUGCAAAGCUAGAGGUUUUGUUGCACGCAAAAGACACGGAGAAAGAAAAAGAAAAACUAUUCUAGCGUUGCUUGAUGAUGACACAAAUGAUAUCCCUAAUCAAGAUUAUUAUCCAAAGAUGCCGAGUAAUCUGCAAUUUGGCAGAAAUUAUAUGUCCCAAAAGCGAAAAACCCAGCUUUGCCCGUUAAGAGGAUCAAUUUAUCAGUCUUCCAGAUUUAAUUCAGAAGCUGAAGAUGUAAUAAGUAGAGCUGCUUCAGAUGCUAAUGAAACAUUAAAUUUAACUUAUUUUGAAGCUAGCCCAGUUUAA